AGCGCGCGCGCGACACACGUGCGGAAGUAAAAUGCAGGUGAUUAUCCGGACGCGGCUCACGAGUCUGGCGCUGCCGGUCACCGAACAUUAGUUUGUUUGUUUGUUUUUGGUUAGAAGAGGAGCCAUGAAGAAACACCUGAGUCCCACAAAACAACAACAGCAGCAGCAGCAGCAACCACCGGCUGAUGUCCCGGCUCCAGGCAGCGAGGUUACCGUCCAACAACUCAACGAGCUCCUGUCCAACGGAAGCGGCUUUUACAGCCUCCCCACGCAACAUUUCAACGAGGUCUUCCCGAGGAUAUACAUCGGCAACGCGUUUGUGGCACAGAAUGCAAUGCGUCUGCAGAAGCUCGGAGUGACGCACGUCCUAAACGUGGCGGAGGGCACCUCCUUCAUGCAUGUCAACACCAGUGCGGAGUUCUACGCCGGCACGGGCAUCACGUACCACGGCAUCCAGGCCAAUGACACCGAGCAGUUCAACCUCAGUGCCUUCUUCGAGGAGGGAGCUGAUUUUAUCGACAAGGCCCUAGCACACAAUAAUGGAAAAGGGAAGGUGUACGUACACUGCAGAGAAGGCUACAGCCGCUCCCCUACCAUGGUUAUUGCUUACCUCAUGCUGCGCCAUAGAAUGGACGCCCGGCUGGCGGUGGCCACCGUGAGGCAUAAGAGAGAGAUUGGUCCUAACGACGGCUUCCUUCGCCAACUGUGCCAACUAAACGAGAAGCUGGCGAAGGAGGGCAAGCUGAACGGGGAGGUGGGAAAACUAAAGACCAAAUGAUACUAAUAGACCCUCUGCCCCGUCUCCUCCCAUCAUGCCUUUCACAGGCCUCAGCUGCUCUCGGAGACUGACCCCACCCAGACUAAACCAGCACCCAUCUGACACACCAGGGGUAUUCUGAAACACAAACAUACACGCAUUGAUCUGUGUAGAUAAUUAUCCGUCAUGCGUACACACAACCUCACACACAUGUACAUGCAGUUUUCUUUCCAAUCUUUAGUCCACGUCUCUCUGCUGCUCUGUAAGGGGACAUCUGUCUGUCCUCUGCCGGCUCCUACAAAGAGUGUGAUCUCAAAUACUUAACACAAACAAACCCCUCACUCCCCCUUUUUUUUUUUUUUACCUCUACACCACAAAGAUGUGCAGACGUCUCACUGCUAGUACCUGAAAGCUCUAAAUUGAGCCGAGCUACUUAAAGCAUUCCUUCAGUUCCCACAAGUUAAGAAGGUGAAAUCUUCACCCAUAUUUUUAAAAUUUCCUUAAAUAGUUAUAUAAGAUUAUAGCACAAUCAUUCCAUAGUUUUCCACUGCCGGGAAUGUCAGUGAUGUCUCCGCCAGCAGGAGUGCUCUAUAAGUUCCAAAUAAACUCCUAAAUAUUGAAAGUCGGUUGCCUCACAUGAUGCAACCUGCAGACAAAAUAAGUCAGACGUGUUACGUAGAAAGUGACUGAAUGGAGGAAAAUUCCAAACAUUCCAGGAAAACUGAAAAAAAAAAAGCCCCUCAGAGUUUUCUUUUGCCCACUCGAUCCUUUAGAUCCUCAAAUCUCUCUCUUCUUCCUGCAGGGGCAGAUAUUUAAAUGCACAAACACAAAAAUUCACACUCAGUUGCAGCGAAAUGCAAAGUGUAGCUCUGUGUAGCAUCUCAGUUAAUUGACUCUCUGGCCUCUAGUUUGACAGCGGUAGCUCAAACGGUUGUCGGCAUCAGUGAAGCCGGGACAGACGGCCGCAAAGGUCGAGCUAAUCAAAAAUAAUGAGCUGCGUAGGUUUUUUCAUGUAGCUGCGAUAUUUAGCCACCGAUAUGACGAAUGUUCAUUAGAGCAAUCAGCCUCCACAUAGGAAAGAUUGCAUUUAUUUAAGUAUGUAAUCCUGGUACAGUAAACAAUGGAGUGCAUGACAAAAUAUCAGUAACCUGUAGCCGUUAUUUGACUAGUAUUCACCCAGGAAGCAAAAAACUAAAUUAACACUAGAUAAAUAAACGUCUACUGUGCCAGUUUACUGCCUUCAAACUAGAGGCCUUUAGUUUAAAACUGUCAAAUGCAGACGGAUGCCACCCACCUUCACCAGAACGUUCCAGUCAUCACGCCCAGAGAGUUGUCCACUGCCAAUUCCCUGACACAGCCAUUCGGCCAGUAUCCAAUCCCACUGUUUCAUCAACACAGUUUGUCAGAGGUCCAUACACAACAUAUCACGUGUCUCACCCCUAAGUGUGUGUGUGUCAUACAGUAAUUUAUUAUGCCUGACUUUAUGCACACACAGGGUCGAAGCCUUUUUUUUUUUUUUUGUAUGUAUUAAAGCAUUGCAAUAUAUGUCAAUACCCCAUCAGAUAUAUAGAAUGUAAUCACAUCUAAAUAUGACUAUUCAGGCUGUAGGUGUCACAUAUAGGCAACGGUAGUUCAAAAGUACAUUUCGAAAGACUCUGUAUUUAAUACUGAGCAUAAUCCUGUAAACCAGACCUAGUGCCAGGAGGGACAGUGAUGCAGUGUUUUCCUCGAGAGAGAGCAAAAGAGCUGUUGUAGAGACGCGUUGUGAGAAAGUGUGAGAGGGAAAGUCAGAGCUCACCUCACUUUGCACACUGCACUCGGGAAAGAGCGUCUGUAGUCCAGCCACCGUGUCCCACACAUUAGAUUACACAUUUCUCCUGAAUAAACGGCCCGGGGGCAUCAUUGUCUCACCAGAGAGGAAAAAUGGAAACUAGGUUGUCUCACCUCAUUAAUGGCACUAUUUAUUCCUCCUUUGAUAUAUCUGUAUACAUAUGAAUAUAUACAUGUAUACUGUAUAUACAUAUUUACGUGUUGACAUAUAUGAAUGUAUGAGCAAUGUGUCUAUAACGUGUAGGUAUCGUCAGUAUGUCUUAAGUCCUAAUAUAUCACGUUAUAUUUGUAAAUGACAUCACAGCGUAGCUACUCCAUUUUUUCUGUUUCACAGUUAAUUACAUGUACAUUGAUAUUCAUAUAUGAUGUGCAUGUAAAAUGUCCUGUGUAGUUGUGAUAUUUUAUAUCACAAUAGUGCAAAACUUGCUGAAGAUAGCUGGGGUUUUUUUGCAAGCUUAGAUGGGAUACUGAGGCAUGAAAUCAUCAUAGUGUUUGCCAGUGUUUUGUACAGUUUUACGUUGCCAUGGUAAUCCUGAUUUAUUCAUAAUACACAGCAAGAUGCAGGUGGCAGCAUAAGAUGCAUAUGGAUUAUCCUGCAUAUGACCUUUCUGCGUAGGAUACACUCAUGCUAUCAUCUCUUCAUACGGUGCUUCAAAGCAGUUAGAGCUCUUCCUUCAUUCCUUUCCCUCUUGACAGGAGUUGGCUUUCUCCGGUGAUUGUCCCGCUACACUUUCCAUGUCAAUGCAGUGUUUUUAGCUGCAAAACACUCUUCAUUGUAACUCGCUUAAAAAAAAAAAAAAAACCAAAUAUUCACAUUUAGCAGGCUGUAGACUCUCCACCAGGAGGAGCUGCUCCAUUGACCCGUUAAUACAGGUCAACAGGAUUUUUUUUUUGGCAAAAAUGCCCAAAAAAGGAUUGCUGCCACCUUUUUCAGUGUGCAGAUUUAUUGUUUUUCCCGUCAGACACAUUAAAUCAAACGUCCUUUAGUUUUGGAUGUUUAGUCUGGCAAAUUAUGAAGCUCAUUUUCACUAUUUUCUGAUGUUUAUCGACCAAACAAGUCAUCAGAUCUGACUGAUAAUGAAAAUUGCAGCUCUACAAACCAGACAAAUGUGUAUAUAACCUGCGUGAAGAUUUAGAGAAGAGUCUGCGGGAAAAAGACUAUAAAUUUGCAGAAAUACAGCCAGAAUAUUUUUAGGCCGUGUGUUUAUACAGCGAUCAGAUCAUAUAAAAUCCAAACCUUUAAGUAACGUCUCAAAACAUGCAUUGAAAUGUCCAGUGUUGCUGUAGGAAAAGCCAGAGGAGGGAACAUUAUCACAGGGAGUUGGAGUUCAGGGCAAACUUUUCUCAGCGAGAACAUGAGCGCCGUCGUGAUGUUUCUCGCGGGAGAUGUCACACGGCUGCUGUGUUUCUGGCCCCCCUCCCGGUGAUCGCCUGGUUCACGGACAGGUUGUUCCCGUUCACUCUGACCCCUGUCAUUUUGUCAUCUCAUCCACUUGGAAAUGUUUCAGAUCUGUGAAGCUACAGACCCGUGAUUUCACACAUCUUGCCGCCUCUUGUGGGAUUCAUAAAAUGUCACAAGAGGCGAUAAAUCAGGUGCAGUGCUUCAAAUUUGAGAACAUUUUCAAGUAGAACUUCUUGCAUGUGUCACACUGUGUUUUCCCUCCACCUCUUCAUGAACCCCAAACCACACAGCGAUGAAGUUGGCCCUAUUAAACAGGCUAUAUAUCCCAGAAUAUACUGUACUCUGCAGACAGAGAACCACUUACCUCUGUACACUCACACAACUACAUUACACACCAAGAUUGUGCCAAGUGACCGACCGUAUUGUGCAGAAACCAUUUAUACAUGUUUAUGAUUGGCCUUGCUGUCAUAUAAAUGGACUGGGGUUUAACUCAUCUGAGUGUUAGCAUCUGCUCUCCAAUACUGCCCUCCUUCUGAAUACUCAAAAAGCAACAACUAUCUCUACACAGAACUUCUCGUUUAGUUUUACAUGUUAUAUAUCUUUAAAUUUGGGAAUUAGCUGGGGUUAAAAUUCUUCACAUCGGUCCAGGAUGAGGGUAUGUACUUUAUAGCAUCGACUGCCUGCACCAACCUGCUUAUUGAUUAAAUCAUUGACAGUUUUGGCUUCUGAGACGGGGCCUGACAGACACUCUGUGGUAGCCAGAUUAGCCGUGGUAGAAGUUUUCUGUCAAAUGACAAAAUUAUGAAACUGUGGUUGAACAAAAGUCUGCGUGACAAGAAAAAGAAAGUUUCUAUGACGGCUACUCUGCUGGCUGAACACUCUCUCUUUUAUGCAUUGAGUAACAGAUAAACACUGCCACCUGCUGUUCAACAAAUCUAGUGGUUUGCACAAGUUUCUUUUUUAAAUUGCUAAUAACAUGGUGAUUAUAACUCAUGGCAUUAUGAAUAGUUAUAAUACAACCUCAUGUUUUCUGCCACUGAAAUGCCAGUUGUUGUUUCUUUUCUUCUUCAAUGUGAAAUGUAAAGCAAUCCACUUUGUUUUGUUUAACAAGGUACCAGCAUCAUUUUGUGGGUUAUACUCCAGGUACAGAACAUUAUGUAUUAUCGAGAAUGUCAAAUGUGAAAUGCCAUUGAUGUAUAUUGUUAUAUAUACUGAGUAUGUAACACGCACUAAGGCAUUUGUGAAUUGCUGCAUUUUACUGUCAUAACAGGCCUAUUACAGUAUACAGAUAGGACGUUGUUUGAUAUUGAAAUUAGUGGGUUGAAAUUACAGAUGGAACUUUUUUUCCUAAUUUCUUUUCUCCUCAAAGUUUAGUUCAUUUUUAUUUAGAUUUGUCCUGUUACAAGGACAUAAGUUGAUUAAAGGUUUAAUUAUUUUGCUCUGCUAAUAGAGGAAAGGCUAAUUUUUGCACGGUUGGAAACUGAAAUAUCCACGAAAGUGUGAUUGUGACCUACUUCUCCAGCAAACUAUGUCAUUAUCCAUGUUGUUUUAGGACGAGUCACCUGUAAUGGUAGUCAGACCUGGGCCAGACUUUUUAAUAAUUGUAAUUCAUUCGUAGUGCUUGUUUGAAACCGUACGAGUUACCAGACUGGAGCGGAGGGUUGUUAAAUCAUUCAGAUGGAGCCAGGUAGGUGUGUUUUUUAUUACAGAAAAGUACAUUAAAUUGACUUGCAAAUAACUUCCUGUGAUUUUUGGUCAAAUUUGCAGUCCCAUGUGACGUAACUCAGCCAUCUGCUCUGAAGUAGGCAAAAACCUGAGACUCUCAAAACCCUGUGUAACUGACAACUGAUGUCUUACAUCAUGGAAACCCAUCUGGCUGAACUUAUCUGAAUUACCCAUGAUCCAACAAACUCCAUCCAUCUGGUACUCCUGAGAGCGUUCAAACAAACACCGGAAAUCACUUACAAAUUCUGUUUGGCCCAGGUAAGGUGCUGACUCCAGAGCUGUCAUCCUCUUCUCGCUCCCAUUCUGAUAAACGGCUUAAAACAGGAGUUUUAGCACAAAUGAGCCCACUGCCCUACUCCUCCUGGAGUCCAGUACACAGUCGACGUCUUGUCUUGUCACGUGGUUUCAUUUCUGUUCUUGUACAGAUGUCGCAGAGGACAUUGCUGUGACGUAGGAUUGGCUGUUUAUGGGUAGAUCCAUAUAUAGUUGAUAUAUUUGUCACCGCCACUGACAUCUCAAUGAACACAUCCCGACCGUAAAGACACAGCACCCCACCCGAAGCCUUACAGUAAAGAUUGAUUCUUUCGAUAUGUUUUUGAGUUCGUGUAUCUCACUUCACGCAGUAGGAAGGGACGGCUCCCUUACAGAAUGAGACAUUGUUGAAGUGCACUUGAUUUUAAAUUGCAAUGUUAUUUUUCUUACCUUGGAGAAGUCCCUUCUUUCUUAUGUUUAAGAAAUAAAUGGCUGAGGUAUUAACAUCU